AUGAAGUGGGGUGGAAGAAAGCCUUCUUCUUCUUCUUCUUCUUCUAGGCCUUCUUUCAUAUCUCAUGUCUCUCCUUUUUCAUGGCUGUCUAAGUUCAAGCAAAUGAGGAUCAACUCAGAGGCAAAACCAGGAACACUGAAGCAAAAUUCAACUCCGUCUGAUAGUUCGUCCCAUUAUGCUUAUGGGAACAAUAAAGGCAGGUUUUACGGAAGGGAUGAUGAGGCUUUCUGGAGACUCUCAUUUGGUGAAGAGGGUAACGAGCAUAAUAAGAAAAGUGAACAUGUUUUGAAACAUGUGAAGUACAAUUUGGAUGCUGAACAUGGCACUCCAUCCUCAAGUUUUGGUGGAGUGAAUGCUAGAAGACAAGGUGGAAAAGAAAGCACUCAGAAGUUGAAGCAGAAAGAAACUGGACUGAGAGAAGAAAGAAAGUUGCUGGAUGAAGCAGCAAAGAGUGUUAAGGAGCUUGAGUCCUUAAGGAGGAGAUAUGAGAGAAAAGCACAAAGAGUUUUGCAGGAGCAGCUCUUGAAAUUGGAAAGAGCAGAAGAGGAAGCUGAGUUUGCAUCAAGUCCAUUAGAAAAUGAUGUGAUGCAAUUUGAGUCACCAAGAACAAUUUGCACACCAAGAAAGCAUUUGUUUUCCUCUUCUGUGGAUUCAAAGAGUUAUGGCCUUGGAGGUCUCAGAGAAGCUCGUGUGUGUAGUCCCUUGUUGGGUUCUGAGUGGCAUAAUUUGAAGCAAACCGAGGAGUUGAAACUGAAAGCAAAGAGUAACAAACAAAGGCAAUCACUUCAUGUGAGCAGAGAAAACCAGAGGAGGAAACCAAAGCAGAACUCCAAGGUUAGAGUAUAUUCUCCAAGGAUGGGUUCUAAGGUUGAAGUCCGCAAAAUAAAGGCCAUAGAAGAGAAGAAGAAGGCAAAACUGAAGAUGAAAAAAGAAGAGGAAAUUGUGGAGGAAACAGCAGGGUCAGAUAGCUUUGCAGUGGUGAAAUGUUCUUUGGAUCCUCAGAGAGAUUUCAGAGAUUCAAUGAUUGAGAUGAUCACAGAGAAACAGAUCAGCCAGCCAGAUGAAAUGGAAGAUCUGUUAGCAUGUUAUCUGACUUUGAAUUCUAGUGAGUACCAUGAUCUCAUCAUCCAAGUGUUCAAGCAGGUAUGGUUGUGUAUGAGCCAAGACAGUUUGGGUAUUCAAUCAGAAAAGCAAUGUUGCUGCUGUGAUUAA